CCGCCGCGAGCGAUUGCGCGCGUUAUUUCCUUUAGAUCGCGUUUCGUUGUACCGCCCGGGGUAGUGUGACCCAAAGUUCUGCUGGUUUGCGAUCACGUACGAGUCGUGUACGCAAUUCCUUCGCACAUUCGCACCUUCGGUGGACUUCCUCCCUCCCAUCAUUCAGCAAGCGAGUGGAGGGGGGUUGAGUGUGUGUUUGCACAUGCGCACAGGUUUGUCAACCGCAGGCUGGGUCAGUGUUUUUGCAAACGCUCCUUCCGUUGGCUGUGCAAAUAUCCUUACCUUCCUGAAAGCGUGUGGUUCGCUGUGUGCAUGCGUGUGUGUGUGUGUGCAUGUCGUAGAAGUGCAAGGAUCUGAGGACCCUGAGAGGGAUUACUAUCAAGCUCGUGUGCUCACUUCUAGGCGGUAAUUCACUGUGGCGCGUUUGUUCGAUCAAGUUGGCUGAAUAAGCUAAAUCCCCGAUCGUGGCGGAGCUUUUGUUGUGCGCGGGAGAAUCGUUGGUAAACCCCAUCGGAAAUCCACCCAAUAGUAAGGAAACGAGUUCGUCUGUGUGUGUACGCGUGUGUUUACAGAUGAAUCAAACGGAUUUCCCUUAUUUCAAUUACAAGCCAAUGUUCUAAAGGCAUAGCUGCGCCUUCACCACACGAGGUCAGUUGAAUAUUCGCGAUCAGAAAACAUAGCACAUGUCCAAGGUUUGGGUAGCAGUGCGAUAAGGUUUCAGUUUUGCGAUCAAGCAACCAUCUGGUGGUUGGCACAUGGUUCCAGUGCGGGUUGAAGUUUGAUUGUGGAUUUGCAUACGCUGUGGUGCGUGUUUUAUGGUGAUGUCAUAUUGUAGUACAUGAUCGUGCGACUAAGUGAGAUGUAAGCAGAAGGAAUAAGUUAGGAAAUGCUUUAACCAUCGACCAUCGAUACGUACAUAGAACGAGUACUAGACGACAUCCAAUUGCAAGGAUCCUGCUGCUUGGAAGAUCUUAAACUAUAAGGAGCUCUUCAAGAUAGUGCAACAAUGACCAAACUAUUGGAAGAUGUCCGUCCGACGGAUCGAACUCCACAUGACGCAGGUGAUCCAGAUGCAGCCGGUUGCUGGACGAAACUGCUUGACGAUACCACACAACUCAAGCCGGCGAUCAUCAUUGGAUCAGCCUCCCAUCCAGAAGUUGCACCGGACACCGUAAAAGAGCUGCUGGUGACGGUCGAUCCGGAAACGGGAAAAACACAGCAAACGGUCGAACCGAGCGGUGAUCGAGCGGCAGGUGGACGACGCCGAGAAUCGAUCCUCGGAACAUUCCACCGACAGUUGCGGAUGUCGUUGAAGGCGGUCAGUGAAACACCGGGACCAUUGACAAGAUACCGCCAGACGCGCUACAGCUCGAGGCGGAUUCGGAAACGUGUAAUCUUCAAGCAGGGCGAUUGUAAUGUGAUCCAAGGAAAUGUAGCCAAAAGACGUCGUCGUUAUUUACAGGACAUUUUUACCACGCUGGUGGACAUUCAAUGGAGAUGGACCCUAUUCGUAUUCGCUUGCUCAUUCAUACUGAGCUGGUUGGGAUUCGGUGCCCUUUGGUACCUAAUCGCUCUCAGUCAUGGAGAUAUACAAGCCGCUGGGGAUGACAGCCACAAGCCCUGUGUGACGUACAUUUAUGGUUUCACAUCGGCGUUCCUGUUUUCUCUUGAGACGCAGCACACGAUAGGUUACGGUAAUCGUUACAUUACCGAAGAAUGCCCGGAAGGUAUAUUUAUACUGGCCUUGCAAAGCAUUACCGGCGUCUUUAUUCAAGCAUUUAUGGUUGGUAUCGUGUUUGCGAAGCUAUCUCGACCAAAAAAGCGUGCCCAAACGUUGCUAUUUUCCAAGAAUGCUGUCAUCUGCCAUCGGGAUGGUGUGCCGUGCCUCUUGUUCCGCGUUGGCGAUAUGAGAAAGAGCCACAUCAUUGAGGCACAUGUGACAGCUCAAAUUAUUCGCCGGAAGGUCACCAAAGAAGGAGAAAUUCUUCCAUUUUACCAACAAAAUAUGGAGGUCAGCUGUGAUGGCGGAGAUGAUCGGUUAAUGUUUAUCUGGCCAACGAUAGUGGUGCAUAAGAUCGAUCGCGAUAGUCCACUGUACAGUUUGUCGGCCCAAGAUAUGCUGAAGGAGCGUUUUGAGAUCGUUGUCAUGCUGGAGGGAGUUGUGGAAUCAACCGGUAUGACUACACAAGCACGCAGCAGCUAUCUGCCGACGGAGAUCCUCUGGGGACAUCGUUUCGAAUCGGUGGUCACCUUCAAACGCGAAACAGGCGAAUAUCAGGUCGAUUAUACAACAUUCAACAACACCUUUGAGGUUGAUACACCUCUAUGUAGUGCGCGUCAGUUGCGCGAGUUGAAAAAAGAGCUAAACAAGCAAAACGGUGUAAAUGAGGUGUCUUCCGAUAGCGAAGAAUCCGAUACAUCGUCGGCCGACAAUGGGUCAUCUCGCAAGAACUCGCUCAGCAAUGGUUAUCUGCGCUUCACGCCCGUGUACGCCAACACAAAUGAACAUUCCGGAAUGAAUGUCACAAAUGGAGUGGUUGGCGAUCCGAUGGUACUGCCACCGAUCAUUAUCGCUCCUGAUGCACCCACCGUGUCACCCGGAAGUGAGCGCAAGAAGAACUUUCGGAAGCUGUCCAUCAAGGAACCGUCGAUGGACUCCCUCUGCUAGCGGCAACUACGAUUAGAUUGGUGUACGCGAGUGUCACGGGUGCCAUCCUCCCUCGGUUCGUUCGCUCGUGCGUCUUCUUUGACGCCAGGUUUUGCAGAAACAGAUCCGCUCGUGACGCGAAUGAAAGAUCAACCUAGGAGGCCAUAUAUGAAUAGCAUAACCGUAUCCAUUAGUAGUACCUCGGGACCAGGAAUCUCACAUUACCGAUGUGCGGCCACACUACGAUCGGAUGGUUUUAUCAAGCAGCGUUUUUCCGUGGAGGUGGAGUGACGACCAUUAGUUCGAUCGUAUCGUGUGUUCGUCUCACAGCUGCGUUAGGUUCUGUUCCAUUUUAUCUUGCCCUUGUGUAACGAUCGAUCAGAGCUUAUUUUACCUUUAUCUAACUUCCAGUUUUUUUUUGUUUAAGUAAACCUAUAAUAGCGUUUUGGUGUGUAAGAAAAGAAACCCUGUUCGCGUAUGAGGCGUUGGGUGGAUAAGGAAAGUGAAUGCAAGGCCCUGCAAGUCCAUAAUGGGCGUUGAUAAUAGAUAGCAAGUAAUAAAGUAACGAAAGUUAGACAAUGUUUUAGCCUUUACGGGUCCACGAUCGUACCCAAUAGAGUUGAGCCCAAUGCGCGAAGGGUGCUGUAGCUAAUAUCGAAUAAAGCAAGCGUAAGGAGCUAUCUUGCAGUGCAACGGUGAACUGAGCGUAC